AUGACGGCGAACAAGGAAGCCGGUGCUGUCAAGGCAGCGGCGAAAAAGCCGGCCAUGGCUGGAACCAGCACUAAAGCUGAGAAGGAGGCCGAUCUGGUUAUGGGGACCAAUAAUAGUAGUAUCGUAUCUAAACGCAGCGUCGAAAUGCUCUACUAUCCCAAGCCCCAUUUCUUUCGGUAUUUCGUCAAAAAGCCCCAGCGGCGGUCGCCGUUGAUCAACCGCGGAUAUUGGCUUCGUAUGCAUGCGAUGGCAGAGUCGGUGCGACAGUUUAUGAGAGAGCCUACGGGAAAACCCAAGUUUGUCCUCAACUUGGGGUGUGGAUUUGAUCCCCUACCGUUCAUUCUCCUCAGUGAAGAUCCAUCCCUGUGUAGAGAUACGCAAUUCGUCGACAUCGAUUAUGAGAAGCUCAUGAUCAAUAAGAAGACCGCCAUCAAAAGGACCGCUGAGAUCACACAGGUUCUCAAGGAUAUAGAGUUCUUGUCCGACGAAAGCGCCGUGCAAAUACGCAGUGCACAAUACCUAGGCAUUGGAUGCGAUCUCAAAAAUCUCAAAAAGCUGGACGACGUGCUGAGAACCGAGGUUCUGCCUGCGGAGUGCUCAGUCCUCUUCCUAGCUGAGGUUUCCUUGACCUAUAUGGAUGUUAAGUCCGCCAACGCGGUUGUCGAGUGGGCGUCAAAGUUGAAUAAUGAGGCCAAGUUCUGCAUUCUUGAGCAGUUCUUCCCCGACGGGCCCGAUCAUCCGUUCGCCUCGACCAUGAUGAAACACUUUAAGAAGCUCGGAGCACCGCUGUAUUCGAUCCAUGAAUACCCUUCACUCAACGAGCAAGAACAGCGAUUCAGGAACGCCGGGUGGCAGCAGGCAAGCGCCAGAAGUUUGUGGGAUCUCUGGUCGGAUGACGAAUUUGUGAGCAGUUCGCUGCGAUCCUCCUUGGAUGCUGUGGAGCCGUUCGAUGAAUGGGAAGAAUUCGCACUUUUUGCUUCCCAUUACUUCCUUCUCGUCGCCUCUACAUCACAAGGGGGUUGGGAUCGCAGCGCAGCAAAGACUAUGCAGGCCGAACAGGAAGUCGAUGUGUCCAACCAGUAUGCGCUUCAUGCAAAGUACCCGGCGGGGGGUGGCCAACGCAGGUUCGGAGCGCUUAUUCCAGAUGGCACAAACUCUUUCGGUUACCAUGCCGGGCUCGGACGGCAGACGCGACUAGCAACGACGGAUCUGUACGCGAACACAAACGACGUCACCGGUCCUACCCUGCCUGUCCCUUCCCGCGAUGUCCCAGCUAGGAUGUGUCAUACCGUAACACAGCUAUCUGGGGGCGAUUGUUUACUUGUCGGUGGCCGGGCUUCACCAGCUGCUGGUCUCAAGGAUUGCUGGCUAAGACAGGGAACCCAGUGGCGUCCGACAAAUAACCUCCCAGUCGAGCGGUUCAGACAUAGUGUGAUCAGAGUCACUUUGAGCUCAGACUAUGUCUUGGUCUAUGGAGGAAAAACGAGCAAUGGCACGACCCUGGAUACCUGGUUGCUAUGGAGCAAAGAAGACGGGUGGCAAACGGUCGAAACGGUCAAUGGAAGCCCCAGUGCUAGGUUCGGGGCCUGCCUGGCAAGCACAGACAAUACGUCGGGAAUCCUUUUCGGAGGAAUUGGAGCGGAUGGCACUAUCGUGGAAGAUUUCUGGACGUGGAAGUUGCACCAGCGCAGCAAUGGAUCGUACUAUCUGGAAUUGCACGAUGGCACAGAGAGGCUACAGAAAGCUUCACCCACCUUUGAAUAUCUCAGCCGCUUCGGCGCCACUCUCAGCUGCUCCUCUCGGGGGUUGCUUCUUAUUGGCGGUAUAAUCCCUCGACAAAUCGUGCCCUAUGAGAAGGAAAUCAUGCUUCUGAAUACGAAAGCACUUGUCGAGUGCCUUACUAGCGAUUGUGCGUCGCAGUCUGGUAAUAUAUUGUCUGCAGUAGGGCUUGGUCUGGACUUUGGUGGGCCAAGACCUUUACUGGUCGGCCAUGCUGCUUAUGCUAUCGAUCCGAACCAGGUUCUGCUGCUGGGCGGUGGUGCAGUUUGUUUCUCUUUUGGAACCUUUUGGACUGAAGGCACCUGGCUUCUAAAGAACACUGACACAGCUCUUGAGAACGAGUGGGGUCGAGUCUCUGAGGUUGCGGAACCGUUGAAAGCUGAGGAGCCAUCGGUCGAGCCAUCCAAUGUCGACCAACAGAGCACCAAGGGCGUCACACCGAUUCCCCGUGUUAAGGUUGAAACCGCCGCGCAAUUCCAACAGAUACUAGUGGAAGGGAAACCAGUAAUCAUCGAAGGAUCCGACCUUGGUCCGUGCACGGAGCAUUGGACAAAGGAGUAUCUCGCGGAUGCUGUUGGCAGGGACCGCAAGGUUGUUGUACAUGACGCUCAGUCCGACCAUAUGAGUUUCCAAGCGAAGAAUUUCUCCUACACAACCAAGGAGUUCGGCUCCUUCCUGGACGAGGUGCAUGCGGGUGGCCGUCAAUAUCUUAGAAGUAUCUCCACUGAAGAGCCCACCAAACAACCUGCCAAGUUAGCCGUAGAUUUCCCCAAUCUCAGGGAUGAUUUCCGACUCCCCGAGUCUUUUGCUAUGGUUGUCGAGAACGAACACAGUUCUCCACUCAGAAUCUCUGGACCAGUCACCCUGUGGCUGCACUACGAUGUCAUGGCAAAUGUUUUGUGUCAGAUCCGUGGCGAGAAGAGACUCAUUCUCUUUCCCCCUAGUGAUGUGCAAUACCUUCAGGUCCCUGCUGGGGCAUCAAGCUCCACCCUUAACAUAUUCCAGAAUUCAGUAGACGGUUCAAUUGCUUCGGUGCCGUACACAACGCCACAUGAAGCGGUUAUGCGUCGUGGCGACAUCCUGUUCAUUCCCCCGUUGUGGUUACACACUGCAUCUCCGACUGGCCAGGUCAGUGUGGCCGUGAAUGUUUUCUUUCGCAAUUUAUCGAAAGGAUAUGCAGCUGGCCGGGAUGUCUACGGGAACCGUGAUUUGCAAGCCUAUGAGAAAGCGAGGAUCGAUCUUCAGAAGAUGGCGAAGUCUUUUGAUGGCCUCCCACCUGACAUGGCUCGUUUCUACUUGCUGAGACUUGCAAAGGAGCUCAGAGACAAGGCCGAAGCAUAG